CUUCUUUUCUGCGUCGCUCCCUUCAGAUCCAUCCGUCCGUCUGUCUCCUCGUCUCCUCGUCUCUCCGGCAUGUCGCUGAAGGUCCAGACCAGCAAUGUGACCAACAAAACAGAUCCCAAGUCCAUAAACUCCCGGGUUUUUAUCGGUAACCUGAACACAGCCGUGGUGAAGAAGUCGGACGUGGAGACCAUCUUCUCGAAGUAUGGUCGGGUGCUUGGCUGCUCCGUGCACAAAGGUUACGCCUUCGUCCAGUACGCCAGCGAGAGGCACGCCAGAGGGGCGGUGAUCGGCGAGAAUGGCAGGGUGCUGGCCGGACAGACGCUGGAUAUCAACAUGGCCGGAGAGCCGAAGCCAACCAGAUCCAAAGGCCUGAAGAGAUCAGCAGCUUCCCUCUACAGUGGAUAUGAGCUGGACUACGAUUACUACAGAGAAGACUUCUAUGACAG